CCCGCGACCCGCCCUCCCUCCGCUGCGACCCCGGCCCCGGCCCCCGCUCGCGCUCCCGCCCGAGGCCGCCCGCGCCCGCCUGCCGCCGCCGCCGCCGCCCCGGCCUGACCUGACCGGGAAGCAGUUCCGCGGGCCGCUGCCGCCGUGACUCAUCGGCCCGCCCGCGUCCCCCGAUCGGGCCAUCUUGGUCGCGGCCGGCGCGGCAGACGGAGCCGCGGAAGAAGCCGCGGAGACCCAGGUACGCGCCCGCCGCCCGUCCCGGGCCCCCGCGCCGCCGCAGGUGCAUCGCCCUUUGUUCUGCGCAAGGGCCCAGAACAGCCCACCCCCCUGUGCAGCCCGCCUUGGCCUGGUGAGGUCUGCGUUAAAAGAGCCGCCUCCGGAAUCGGCAUCCCCCAGGGCCUGCCCCACCGGCCUGGCCCCGGCUGUGCUCGGCCCGCGGCUCCGUCUGCCCUGCCUUCUGGUUUGGCCUUCUCAGCCGCUCUGAGUGUUGAACCCCGCCCUUUCCCUGAUUCCUGUCGGGGUCUGCCCGAUUUUAGCAUCACAGGUGCUCAGGUUCUGGGUUACCCACACCCCUUCUCCCAGCCCACCCGUCUCAGCCUUUGGCUGACCUCUGGCCAACAUGGUCCAACCCCAGACAUCAAAAGCUGAAAGCCCGGCCUCGGCAGCAUCUACCAGUGCCCAAAUGGAUGACGUCAUCGACACCCUGACCUCCCUGCGCCUCACCAACUCGGCGCUGAGGCGGGAGGCCUCUACCCUGCGGGCAGAGAAGGCCAAUCUCACCAACAUGCUGGAGAGCGUGAUGGCAGAGCUGACCUUGUUACGCACCAGGGCCCGGAUUCCGGGGGCGCUGCAGAUCACCCCGCCCAUCUCCGCAAUUACCUCCAACGGGACCCGACCAAUGACCACGCCUCCAACCUCUCUGCCUGAGCCCUUUUCUGGAGACCCCGGCCAGCUGGCAGGGUUCUUGAUGCAAAUGGACAGGUUCAUGAUCUUCCAGGCCUCCCGCUUCCCAGGUGAGGCCGAACGAGUGGCGUUCCUUGUGUCCCGGCUGACCGGGGAGGCAGAGAAGUGGGCGAUCCCCCACAUGCAACCUGACAGCCCCUUGCGAAACAACUAUCAGGGAUUCCUGGCAGAGUUGCGGAGAACCUACAAGUCUCCACUCCGGCAUGCACGGCGCGCCCAAAUCAGGAAGACUUCUGCCUCUAAUCGGGCCGUGCGGGAGCGGCAGAUGCUGUGCCGCCAGCUGGCCGCCACGGGCACGGGGCCUUGCCCGGUGCACCCAGCCUCCAGUGGGACUAGUCCAGCUCCGGCUCUGCCCACCCGAGCUCGGAACCUUUAAGGAUCAGCCACCACCCGGGUCGCAUCUACAGCCACGCAGACAGCGUACACCCUUUGCUACGUAGAAGAAAUGCCCAUAGGACAGCAUCACCCUUGUUUGAAGACAUUCGUCCCUGCCUCUCCAGACCUGUACCAUAAGGAGAUCUUCCUUCAUCACUCUUGGGCGCCCUGUCACCCACCUUGCUUCCUAGUGAUCUGUGCUAUAGCUUUGUCCCCACCGUGCAUGCUUCCCGUCUCUUGCUUGCCCCCCCAGCUCUCCUGGUAACCACAGCUCUGCUGCUUGGCCACAGUGACCCCGCAGCCCGCUGCCGAUCAUCUGGGCUGAUCCCUCCCAGCCUGACUAGGUUCAUGGACGCUCCUACUCCACCCUGUGCAGGCCCCUCUGGCAGCUCCCUGCUGAUGAUAGAGGGGAGCCACUUUGGCCAGGCUGGUGGUGUGUUUUGGGUACCUGCGGGAGGGGAGUCUGGCUUCGCACCUGCAGGUGAUCACCAGCCCUGCCAGGCCCUGGGAUAGCAGGCGGGGGCCUCGACCCUGCUGCGGCGGCCAGGUGUUCACCGCUGGGAGUGGGUGCAAGCAUUUCUGGUGGGCAGGCUUUGCUCUGCGCAUGAACAUGGAGUCGGUAUGUCCCAUUGUUGCCCCUGGGAAAGACCGCUAAUGCAGCUAAAGGGAGAAGCCCCCAGAGGAUGCACCUGCAGGAAUGCUUGGCUUUAGUUGCCAAUGUUCUGACAGCACUGGCCUUCUGGGAAUCUGGAACUUGCCUGCUACAGGAGGUCAUCAUGACUGUGGAUCACUGAGCCGUUCCACGGAGCGACCACAGGCAGCACGUUCAUGUACAUCCCUGCCUGAGGCCCACGGUGGGCUGAGGACGGGGGGGUGCGCCCGGGGGAACCACCACCACCAACUAGUGUGUAGUCACCCCCUCCUCUCUGCCCCCCAUCACUUGGCGGUAGGCCUGUCUAGCUUGAGACCUGUUCCCAUCUUCAGGUGACAUGUGGCCUUCACCUCGGCCCCCUCGGCCACCCGCACCACCUCUAGCGUGUAGCAUGUCCUCCCCAUGCCUGGGCUGUCCCAUUGGGUGUCCAGCCUUUGUCUAAGAAAAUAGGGACUCCUAGCUGGAGACCCAAAUCCUCUGGGAUGCAUCAUUAAGCACUUAAGGAAGGCCCCACCAGGGCCUUUGUGGCAUUUGUAAAGGGAAAGAGCUGCAGUCUAUCUUGGUCUUAAUGUGGGGACAGGACAAAACUGGCACUUGGGUCUGAAUUCCGAGGGACAAAGCUACACCUCUGAUGGUGGACGGCCUUUGGGUUCCUCACGGGGGACACCCAGAAAUCACUUUCUAAAUGAGACUUGGUCAAGCCCUUUGGACCAUGAUGAUCUCACCAUAUUUAAUGCCAAACGGACCACAUUUACAUGACCACCUGGACCAUGGGGAAGAUGAGGUGUCUUACCCUGGGUCCACCUGCCCUGUCCGAAUGGUCCUGCCCUGACCGCAGAAGGAUAGCCUCUGCACCCACCCGGAGACCAGUGUCUUGGGAUACCCAGAGGUUGGGUCCUAGGGUCUAUCCUUUCUUCCUAAGAGUUUUGAUGAUGCUGGGGACGGUGACUGCGUUCUUGAAGUGGCCACUGCCUUGCAAGGUCAAGGAUAUUCAGUGGCUGCUGGGGUUCGUGGACCACUGCCACCCACUCAUUGUAAACUCUGUUAGCCCAAUCGCCCUGCUGAAGAACUGCCUGAAUACAGGCUUCAGGCCCCCCUGGAUUCCAGCCAAGGCUGUUCAGGUGGGACCAUGGUGCUCAUUAAGCAUGAAUGGGGGGGGAGGACACACAGUGGGGCCACCAUUCUGGGGGGUGGGACCUCUGGUGGGGGAUGUACAGAUCACUUUCUCUUUGUGCUCAGUGCUCUACUGUCUGCCUGCUAGGUGGAGGUGCCCACGGAUGCAGGGGUGCAGGCACCCGGGGGACAGGAGGCACCCUGAACGUUUCCAUGUGGCCCAGCCUGGUGAGGGCGGGAGACCCCGCAUGGAAGCAGGGCAGGAACCGUGCCAUCUCGCCGACCCCUGGGCCUACCCAUGUGGCACGUAGAAGUCCUAGUAUGCUUGCGUUGCGCGCAGCAGGGCCUGAGCCGCGGAGGGCCGGGCUGGCCAUGCUGCCUGUCCCCCCCUGACCUGGCCCGUCCAGGCUGCCGCUCCAGCCUCCAGCUCCCUUUGGUUCGGUGAGUCGUGUUUCAGCCGCUGGUGCUCCUGUUCAUGGGCUUGGGACUGGUGUUGUUGCACAUCUGUGACCUUGACCGCUUCCGGCGGCUUUGGAAGUGAGUAGACGAGAGGCUCAGGGGGUUGCCCCACAUCGGACUCAGACAAGGCCCCACAUUGGGAGCCCCCCUGUGGCUCUGGGGGAAAGACAUCUGAGUUCCCAGUGGAAGAGGAUGAGACCCGCGCUCCAUGCAGCCCAGAGCCAGACCGCGGGUCGGGGAGGGUCAAGCUGAAGAAGGAAGUGGGGGAGGGGAGCGGCUUUGUACAGACUUAGGGGUUGUGGUUUCUAUCAGUUUAAGAGAACAGGUAUUGAUUUGUAAAAGGGACAGGCAGUUAGUAGUGUUAAACAGUGCUCGUGAGGGAAAGUUUUAUGUUUUUCAUGGUGUUGACAUUAUUUGAAAUGUAUUGUGGUGUUUCUGGUCUACCUGAUACCCCAUCUGGUAAGUAAGCCUCAUGGCAUAACAGGGCAUCAUUUGAGAUGGAAUUUAGAAUAAGGGGUGACUUCCUGGCCGAAUGUAUCGUGUGACCUUGGGAUUAAUUUAAUGUCCUAAAGCAUUUCGGUGACUUCUAGGAAAAAGCAAAGACCUGGUUCGUGGGUCCCAGGUAAGUAUAUGAUGAGUAAGUAAUGACAGGGGUGCACAGCCCCCCGAGAAGGUGCUGGUAGGACUUUUCCUGGCGUGUGGGUCCCUGCCGUCAAGUGUGACAAGCCACUUGCUGGGUCACCGCGGUCCUGGCAGUUCGGCCCAUAGGAGAGAAAUGUGAGGGAGAGUUGGGCACGUACUUAGGCUACCUUAAGGGGGCAAGCCCUACAGUUGUAUAAAAGGACAUUCCCAUGGGCCACCGCCAGCAGUGGAGUUUGGGUGGGAGGAGGAGGAGAUCGAGAUCCUUGCAGAAAAACUAAGCUCCCCAGUGCCUGGGAAAUGUUAGACGGGGGGCUUAGAGCUGAGGUCAAGACUGGACUCUGCAGAAGGAAGUGCAGAGCGCCUUGUUGGGCCAACAGAGGUAGCUUGCCGGCGUCGGGAGAGGAUUGGGUGUAGGACAGGUCUACUGUGUGGGGAGAGCUGACGACGCCAUGGCGUCUCUCGGGGUCCUAACGGGGGGUGGGGGGGGGUGGCAGCUGGUGCAGUGCAGAUGCAGUGGGAGAGGUGGGAGGGACCCUCGCUCCUCUCUGCAAUGUCACUAACUCCACGAGCAAGUAACAACGCACCAGGUCUUUUCAUAAUCAGAGCAAACCUACACCUUGUAAAAAUUUUGGAAAAUAAGGUAGCAAGCGAGAAGAGUGAAGUGUUAACAUGUUGGUGGCUCUCCUGCCAGCCCCCCCCCCCCAUCCAUCAUGGUUUUUCUUCUUUUUGUGGGGACUUAGUGGUGGUAAUACCUUCCGUAAGAGAUACCAUAUUGUGUGGGUGUUUUCACUUCUGUGACGCGACUUCCCCAUUACACGUUACUACUCAUUUUAGUUUGAAAUGGCUGUGUCCUCCAUCACGGAGACGGACAGUAGUGCCCAUGGUUGAUCAUCCAUGCCAUUCGUUACUAAUUUCUCACCACCAGAAACGGAAGAAUUUCUUCGUGCAUAACACUUUUCCCCAAUGUCAAGUUACUUCCUUAGGAUAGGUUCUCAGAGGUGGAAUUACUGAAUUAAUAGGAAAACCUUUGAGCCCCUUAUUACAUAUGGACAGAACGGUUCCCAGCAAUGUUUGUAUCCAUUAACACUGCCACCAGCAAGUACGUAUGUGCCCCUUGCACCAUCUCGCCAGCUCGGAGGAUUAUCUUCCGGCUAAAUACUUGCUGGUCUGAUAAUGAAACGUAGCAUUGUGUUUCAGUUUGCAUUUCUUUGCUUUUUAGCAAAGUUGAACAUCUUUCCAUGUUAAGCAGUUCUAUUUCCUCUUGUGGAUUGUCAGUGUCCUUUGCUCUUAUCUACUGGGGUCUGAUAAAUUUGUAUGAGCUCGUUAUAUAUUAAAGAUAUUAA